AUGUCUUUCAACCGCUCCGCCUCCAGGGUGACGCCAAUCCUCCUGAGAGGUGCCGCCAGGACUCCGCGCAGAAUCCCCAGAUCGCUCCCCCGCGAGAUCUCAGCAAUCGCCAUCCUCAUCCCCAGACAUGGCUAUGCCACAGACACAUCCACAUCCUCCCAGUCGGGUGGUAACUUCCCGCCGCCCGGCUUCAACGCCGAGGAGGCGAAGAAGCCCCUUCCCAAGGAAGACGCGCAGAAGUCGCAGUCGGACAAAUCCGCAUUGAAGUCGCACGUCGACAAGGACUCCAUCAAAGUCGAAAUCCCCAAGGACGGCCCCACGGCGCACCCCAAGACUGGUGCCGCCGAGGCACAAAGCUUGACCGAGCUUGCUGCGGAGAAGGCCGCAGCCGACAAGACGGAGGAGAAGAAGCUUGCCAAGAAGGCCGAGGAGCACAAGAAUCUCACCCUGUGGCAAAAGGUCAAGAAAGAGGCCAAUCAUUACUGGGAUGGCACCAAGCUGCUCGCGACCGAGGUCAAGAUUAGCUCCAAGCUGGCCUUGAAAAUGGCGGCGGGCUACGAGCUGACCCGCCGCGAAAACAGACAGCUCCGUCGUACUGUCCAGGACCUUGGCCGCCUCGUCCCCUUUUCUGUUUUUGUUCUUGUUCCAUUCGCUGAGCUUCUCCUGCCGGUCGCGCUGAAGCUGUUUCCCAACAUGCUUCCCAGCACAUACGAGGGGCAGAAAGCCAGAGACAACAAGAUUACCAGUUUGCGCGCGACCCGGAAGGAGGUCAGCGACUUCCUCCGUCAUACGCUGCAAGAAGGCGGCCUACCAGUCAGCGCUGCCAAUGCUCAGCGCGAAGAGUUUACCGAUUUCUUCCGCAAGAUUCGCAGCACUGGUGAGGAUCCUACCCAGGCCGAUGUCAUCAAGGUCUGCAAGAUCUUCAAGGAUGACCUGACGCUGGACAACCUCUCGCGCCCUCAGCUUGUUGGAAUCUGCAAAUACCUCGGUCUUAACACUUUCGGUACCGACAACAUUCUUCGCUACCAGAUCCGCCACCGUAUGCGCCAGAUCAAGCGUGACGACAAGAUGAUCUUCAUCGAGGGCGUCGAUUCUCUCUCUGUUCCCGAGCUCCAGACUGCUUGCGGCAGCCGUGGCCUCCGGACUCACGGCGUUAGCCCGGCUCGCCUUCGGGAAGACCUCCAGAUGUGGUUGGAUCUCCGUCUCAAGUACGGCGUGCCCUCGACGCUUCUCGUCUUGAGUAACGCUUUCAUGUACGGGCAGGGCAAGGAGACGGAGAUGGAGACUCAGAUCGAUGCUCUCAAGGCCGUCCUUUCCAGCAUUCCCGAGGAGCUCUUCCACGAGAUUGAACUCGAGGUGCACACGGCCGAGGGUGCUGCGACCAACAAGCAGCGCCUUGAGGUCCUCAAAGAGCAGCAAGAGCUCAUCGAGGAGGAGAAUGAGCAGUCGGGCAGCAGCUCUCCGGCCACUGCCUCGUCGGCACCGAAGGAUGACAAGGACAUUGAUGAGAAGGAGGAGGCCGAGGCCGAGGCCGAGGAAAAGCAGAAGGUUCAAGCGAAGGCUGAUGAGUCUGUUGCGGAAAAGCAGAAGGUCGAAGCCAAGAAAGCUGAGCAGGAAGCUGAGAGGGCUUAA